UAAUUUAUGGAGUUAGUCUUGACUUUUGGUCAAAUGUGUUCGUUACUUAAAUAGCUUCGCUGCCAACUAAAUAUCAGUGCUGCAGAGAAGACCUACAUGAAGGUUUUUGAGGUGGUUUUGAUGCAAAAAUGCCAACCCUAGAUGACAUUUUGGAGAGUGUUGGAGAAUUUGACAGGUUUCAGAAGCAAACUUUCUUUGUCUUGUGUUUGCUUUCUGCUGCUUUCACCCCAGUGUAUGUGGGUGUCGUCUUCUUCGGGUUUACCCCCGAGCAUCGCUGCUUCAGCCCUGGGGUGGCUGAGCUGAGCCAGCGGUGUGGCUGGAGCCUGGAGGAGCAGCUGAAUCACACUGUUCCCGAGUGGGGUGGCCAUGAGGCCAGUUUCAGCAGCCGCUGCAGGAGGUACGAGGUGGACUGGAACGUGACGGGCGUCAGCUGCACCGAUCCCCUCGGCAGCCUCGUGGGUAACCGGAGCUCUGUGCUGCUCGGGCCCUGCCAGGAUGGCUGGCUCUACGACUUCCCAGGCACCUCUCUUGUGACUGAGUUUAACCUGGUGUGUGAGGACUCUUGGAAGCUGGACAUCUUUCAGUCUGCUGUGAACGCUGGGUUUUUUAUUGGCUCCAUAAACAUUGGCUACAUAGCAGACAGAUUUGGCCGAAAAUUUUGCCUCUUGAUUACAAUUCUUGCAAACAUUAUCUGUGGAAUCCUUCUGGUCUUCGUGCCCACAUACCUGUGGAUAGUCAUCUUCCGCUUCUUGCAAGGGCUUGUCAGCAAGGGCUGCUGGACCGCAGGCUACAUCCUGGUGACAGAAGUUGUGGGCCCAAAGUACCGGAGAACAGUGGGCAUCCUCUACCAGACAGCCUUCUCCGUUGGUCUCCUGGUCUUUGAUGCCAUUGCUUAUGCCAUUCCUUACUGGCGGUGGCUGCAGCUCACUGUCACCCUGCCGAGCUGCUUCUUCCUACUCUACUACUGGUGCCUUCCAGAAUCUCCUAGGUGGCUGAUAUCUCAAGGGAAAAAUGACAAAGCUAUGAAAAUUGUCAGAAAUAUGGCUAAAAUAAAUCGGAAAAAGACGCCUUCCCACUUUGAGGAUAUUACAUUUGAAGAGGAAGAUGGUGGGAAGCAGAGUCCUUCAAUCACUGACCUUGUCAAGACACCACAGAUGAGAAAAAACACGUUAAUUUUGAUGUAUAACUGGUUCACAAGCUCUGUCCUCUACCAGGGGCUCAUCAUGCACAUGGGAGUAGCUUCUGAGAACAUGUACCUGGAUUUCCUCUAUUCUGCGCUUGUGGAAUUCCCAGCUGCCGCCUUCAUCAUCAUCAGCAUCGACCGCAUCGGGCGGCGCUACCCCUGGGCUGCAGCAAACUUGGUGGCUGGGGCUGCCUGCCUUGUCACAGCCCUCAUACCAGACGAUAUCCAUUGGUUAAAAGUGGUCACUGCUUGCAUUGGGAGAAUGGGAAUCACAAUGGCUUUUGAAAUGGUUUGCUUUGUAAACACUGAACUGUAUCCAACAUACAUCAGGAAUCUUGGAGUGAUGGUCUGCUCUUCCUUGUGUGAUGUUGGUGGAAUGAUCGUCCCAUUCAUUGUCUACAGACUGGUGGAAGUCUGGCCUGAUCUGCCACUGAUAGUCUUCAGGAUGUUUUGGUUAUGGCUGAGCAGUGCUGCACAGCAUCAAGGCCUUUGAUGCUUCUCACCCUGCCCUGCCAGUGAGUGGGCUGGCUUGAACAAGAAGCUGGGAGGGAGCAUGGCCAGGACAGCUGACCCAAACUAGCCCAAGGGCUAUUUCAUCCCACAGAAUGUCACACCCAGGAUAUAAAUUGGUGAGAGCUGACGGGGAGGGGUGGAUCGCUGCUUGGGCAUCGGUCAGCAGGUGGUGAGCAACUGCACUGGGCAUCACUUGGGUUUUGUGUAUCUCUGUUGUCAUCAUUAUUAAUAAUAAUGUUUAUUAAUUGAGUUAUUACAUUGUUCUUAUCUCAACCUAUGAGUUUUAUUUUCUGUUCCAGUUCUCCUCCCUAUCCUACAGUGGUUGGAGGGUGUGGAGGAUGGAGGAAUGAGUGAGCAGCUGUGUGGUCUUUAGUUACUGUCUGGGGUUAAACUACCACAGACAUAGACACCAAAGAACAAAGUGGAUAAAUUUUUCCACUGAUAAUUU